AUGCUUGAAAGAGGGGAUUGGUUUGGCGCCACGGCUCUGCAACGAUUGUGGGAGAGUCAAAUCCUGGACGCUGAAGAGUUCCAAGAUCCUGGCCCAGCAAAUGAGACCCUCAACAGGCUACGGGAAGAGAUCGAAGCGAAUGGGUGUCCUGACAGUGAUGCGGCUGUCAAGAAGUUGUUCAUCAAGAUCGACAAGGAGUUUCUGGAUUCUGAACAGAGCAGCGGCACCACUGCCACCAUGUGCAUUGUGCGGAAGCCCAAAGAAGCAGGUGGAAAGCAUCGGCUCCACGUGAUCAACGCGGGCGACAGCCGGACGCUGCUAGGCAAGCGAGAUGGCAGCAUCGUGGAUGGUGGCGGCACCGACAAAGGACUAACCACGGAUCACAAGCCGGACCAUCCAACGGAGAAGGCGCGCAUCGAGCGCUGUGGGGGCAAGGUCGAGAUCGCGGAUGGCGGCGUGGCAAGAGUCAAUGGCAACCUCUCGGUCAGCCGAGGUUUUGGGGACAAGGACGAAAAAGCGACGGGGGGCCCCGGUCCAGAGGAUCGCCCUGUCACUGUGGACCCCGAGAUGUCGCACUUCGAGUGUGAUGAAUCUGACUUUCUCCUGCUGGUUUGCGACGGUGUCUCGGAAGGAAACUUCCCAAAUGCAGAGGUCGUCAAACUGGUGGCCUCCACGCUCAGCGCCGGCAAGGGCAUGGGAGAGGCGGCCAGGGCUGUUUGCCACAAAGCCGUGGAGUCUGAUUCCAAGGACAACAUCACCUGUAUGGGUGUGCUGCUGACUGGUGGCAGCUCGUCCUCGGGCAAGCGCAUCGAUUUCCACCCUGGGCCUAUAACCAGCAUAGGCCACAAAGACUUCCGAGCGGCCUACGAGGCAUCCGCGCAGCGUGCGGGGCUGUCCCUCGUCGAGGCCGUCAUGCAACGGUACGACCUUGUCUCGGAGCAACUCAAGGAUGCCUUUCAUGAUGAGUCGCGCCGCACGGCCGAGUGCCUUGUGGCCCCACUCCCGAGGAACAUCUAUGCAGAUCCUCGAUCAGCCAGCGGGAAGGACUGGUAUGGCUCCUGGCAGAACUUCCGGGGCGAUGUGGGUGGGCCGCCCCUGCGAAAACGUGACGAGAUAUUGGUCAUCGGCUGCGGGAACAGCGCGCUUCCUGCGGACCUGGUGAAGGACGGGUUCCGGCACGUGACGGCUGCAGACUACAGCAAGCAGGCCAUCGCUCUGCAAAAGCGGCGGUUCCCGAAGCUCAAGUGGGUCCUUUCGGACGCACGGAAGAUGCCAGAAUUUGCUGACAAGUCGUUCGACGUCGUCAUAGAGAAGGCCUUGAUGGAUGGCGAGGGCGCCUUCGGUGAAUGGCCUUUGAUGUUUACAGAGUUCUCUCGCGUGUUACGACCUGGUGGGCGCUUCAUCUCCAUCUCUUUGGGACAGCCUGAGGAGUUGAACACCGAGCAGUUCUUCAACAAUGCCUCCUACGGCUGGGACGUGCACUACAAGCUGAGCUACGACGACUACUAUGUCUACACGAUGACGAAGCACGGUUCCUCAUGUGUUCGGACGGCCGCCGUGCCCGCCUUGCGCGAGUGCCCAGUGUCGCCAUCCGACGGGCUCCGGGCAGAGCUCGACAAGAUUGGCCUCAAUCCCCCGGCCGAGGGAAGGAGAGAGUGGUUCGAGAAGAAACUCGGUGCGCUGCCAGAUGAGAAGGACUCCGGUCCGGGUGGGAUGAACAUGGAGGAGCUCAAGAACAUGAUGGGCAAAGGCGGCGGCAGCAAGGGAGGUGGCAAGGGCCAGGGCUACGGCUCCCAACCUGCCGCGGAGGAAGAGGUGGAGACUCAGGAGGAUGGAUACACCUGGAGCCAGAAAGGCGAAGAGGUGCAAAUUGCCAUCAAGCUGCCACAGGCCACCACGAAGAAGGAUGUCAAGGUCGCCUUCAAGCAGACGACCAUUUCUGUCCUCGCCGGCGGCAAGACAUUGCUGGACGGCACGCUAGGUGGCAAGGUGGAGACCGACGAGUGCACCUGGUGCUUGGUCAAUGGUGGCACUGAGCUGAACGUGAUGCUGACCAAGCAGAACGAAAAAGACAAUUGGAAGGGCCUCUUGAAGUAG